GCAGAGUACAACGUUUCAAAAUGCUGGAGGUUAUCUGGGUGAAUUUAGAGGUUACAUUUAAUGUGUUUGUGUCUUCAGAAAUUCUGCUCCUGCAUUUCAUGAGCUAAAAUAUUUUAUAAAGAUGAAGUUGGAUACCUUUGCUGAUCUCCGAGUUGACCACGUCCUGUGAAUUCAGACAUCUUCUGAAGAAGGAGAUUUAUCAGACACGUGGACUUCUGUUGUUGCCUAAGGACACCCUUCUCUCUCUCUCUUUUUUUUUUUUUUUUGCAUUCUGAAAGACUAUCUGCAUGAAGAUGGAUUUGCAUGUAGCAUACAGGCUGUUGGGUUAGAUGAGAGAGGACGCUGUUAAUGAAUGACCAACGUUUAUUUCCAUCUGCGUUUCCAGCUUUUUUUUUUUUCUUUUUUUUUUCUUUUUUUUUUAACACAAAAAUGAAGGACAAGUAUAAAACAACAGUGCUGGUGUAUUUCUCUGGGGCCUUUAUGUAAGCCCCCGUUGUCUGGACCCGGUGCUAAGGGAAAGCAGUCUGCUUCUGAUCAGCUGAUUGUGGCUGAUCUGUGGAAAGAGAACCUUUAAAUUGAAGCAACUUCCAGCUUCUGGCUUCCACAUAAUGAAAGGGAAGAUGAACAAGUUUUACUGGUCAGGGGCAUUUUGCUGAACGAAGAAAGGGAAAGUUAGAUUAUCCUUGUUUAAUUUCAAACCAAGAACUGACCACAUUUUUCUUAGAAUUUGCCUACUAGGGAGAUCUCGACAGUUUAAAUCAAGUCAGAUGUCAGCAAACGACUCUUCUCCCCCAUCCUUACAGAAGUUUUCCCCGCCCACAUGUCAUGCUGCUGCACCACAAACCCCAAGUUUGUCUUCGAGUCCCCUGUCGGGACUCUCCAGCCGUCUCUCCAAUGGCAGUUUCAGCACGCAGAGCCUCACCAACUCCCGGGGCUCUAUGCAUGGGGUCUCAUUCCUUCUGCAGAUUGGUCUCACGCGGGAGACUGUCACCAUUGAAGCUCAGGACCUGUCCCUCUCUGCUGUUAAAGACCUCGUGUGCUCUAUAGUUUACCAGAAGUUCCCAGAGUGUGGUUUCUUUGGCAUGUAUGACAAAAUUCUCCUCUUCCGGCAUGACCUGAACUCAGAUAAUAUUUUGCAACGGAUUACAUCAGCAGAAGAGAUACAUGAGGGUGAUCUUGUUGAGGUUGUUCUCUCUGCUUUGGCUACAGUUGAGGAUUUUCAGAUUCGUCCUCAUGCACUUUAUGUGCAUUCCUACAAGGCUCCUACUUUUUGUGACUACUGUGGAGAGAUGCUUUGGGGUUUGGUACGACAAGGACUGAAAUGUGAAGGUUGUGGAUUAAACUACCAUAAGCGGUGUGCCUUCAAGAUUCCAAAUAACUGUAGUGGAGUGAGAAAAAGGCGUCUGUCUAACGUGUCUUUACCAGGAGCAGGGCUUUCAGUUCCAAGACCAGCACAAGCUGAAUACACAUCCUCUGCUUCUGAAGAGCGCUGCUGUCCAGAACCUAGUAAAAGGAUUCCCUCCUGGAGUGGCCGUCCCAUCUGGAUGGAAAAGAUGGUGCUUUGCAGAGUGAAGGUUCCCCACACCUUUGCUGUUCAUUCUUAUACUCGUCCCACCAUAUGUCAGUAUUGCAAACGGCUGCUCAAGGGCCUUUUUCGUCAAGGAAUGCAGUGUAAAGAUUGCAGAUUCAAUUGUCACAAACGCUGUGCAUCUAAAGUACCUAAAGACUGUCUUGGAGAGGUGGUUUUCAAUGGAGAACCUGCUAGCCCAGGCCAGGAUUUGGACCUGCCAAUGGAGGUUGAUAGCAGUGAAAUGAAUAGUGAUGGUAGUCGGGGUUUGGAUGAUACUGAGGAGUCCUCAACUCCAGAAGACAAAAUCUUUUUUAUGGAUCCAUCUGACCUUGAUACAGACAAAGAUGAAGAAGCUGUUAAAACCAUCAGUCCCUCAACAAGCAAUAAUAUUCCUCUCAUGAGGGUUGUACAGUCCAUCAAGCAUACAAAGAGGAAGAGCAGUACGAUGGUGAAGGAAGGAUGGAUGGUCCACUAUACUAGUAGAGACAAUCUGAGGAAAAGACAUUACUGGAGACUAGACAGCAAAUGCCUCACACUAUUUCAAAAUGAGUCUGGAACAAAAUAUUACAAGGAGAUUCCACUUUCAGAAAUUCUCCAGGUGACUCAGCCUCGAGAUUUCUCAAACAUGGUGCAGGGCAGCAAUCCAUACUGUUUUGAGAUCAUCACUGAUACGAUGGUGUACUUUGUUGGCGAAAACAAUGGCAGCAGUCACCACAGUCCUGUUCUUGCUGCCACCGGAGUUGGACUUGACGUAGCUCAGGGCUGGGAGAAAGCCAUUCGUCAGGCCUUGAUGCCAGUCACUCCUCAAGCUAGCGUUUGCACUGCUGCAGGACAAGGAAAAGAUCACAAAGAUUUAUCUCUAAGCAUCUCUGUUUCAAAUUGCCAAGUCCAGGAGAAUGUGGAUAUCAGCUCUGUGUACCAGAUAUUUGCUGAUGAAGUUCUGGGUUCCGGUCAGUUUGGUAUUGUAUAUGGAGGGAAACAUAGGAAGACCGGAAGAGAUGUAGCUAUCAAAGUUAUUGACAAGAUGAGGUUUCCAACUAAGCAGGAAAGUCAGCUUCGUAACGAAGUUGCCAUUCUCCAGAAUUUGCAUCACCCUGGGAUUGUGAACCUGGAAUGUAUGUUUGAAACCCCGGAACGGGUCUUUGUUGUGAUGGAAAAGCUGCAUGGUGACAUGCUAGAGAUGAUUCUUUCCAGUGAGAAAAGUCGACUUCCAGAACGAAUAACUAAGUUCAUGGUCACUCAGAUACUUGUUGCUUUGAGGAAUUUACACUUCAAGAAUAUUGUGCACUGUGAUUUAAAACCAGAAAAUGUACUACUAGCAUCAGCAGAGCCAUUCCCGCAAGUGAAGCUGUGUGAUUUUGGCUUUGCACGUAUCAUUGGUGAAAAAUCCUUCAGGCGCUCUGUGGUGGGGACACCUGCUUAUCUUGCCCCUGAAGUGCUCAGGAGUAAAGGUUACAACCGCUCCCUAGACAUGUGGUCUGUUGGAGUUAUUGUCUAUGUGAGCCUUAGUGGUACAUUCCCAUUUAACGAAGAUGAGGAUAUAAAUGAUCAGAUUCAAAAUGCAGCAUUUAUGUACCCACCAAAUCCUUGGAAGGAAAUCUCCAGUGAAGCCAUUGAUUUAAUAAACAAUUUGCUUCAAGUCAAGAUGAGGAAACGUUUCAGUGUUGACAAAUCUCUUAGUCACCCAUGGUUGCAGGAUUAUCAGACUUGGCUUGACCUCAGAGAGUUUGAAACACGCAUUGGAGAGCGUUACAUUACCCAUGAGAGCGAUGAUGCCCGCUGGAAGGAACAUGCGUAUGAACACAACCUUGAAUACCCCCAGCAUUUUAUCAUGGCUCCGAAUCCAGAUGACAUGGAAGAGGACCCUUGAUUUACUCGUAUUGCUAAACUGCAGCAAAGGCCGACACUCCAGACCGAAAUUGAAGAUAAGUUUUGGAACAAUUGUCGCUCUUUCUGAAUGCUUUACAUGUAGUUCAGCAUACGGAGCCUCAGAGGAUCCUGUGUUGAAGGGAAUAGACUGUCAUCUGACAAGCUUUCCUCCAGCUCUGACCUAAACUAUGAAUGGUUAUUGGACAGUGGGAUAAGCCCGCUGGGUAACGCUGCACCCAGUUGUAUGGCUGCAAAGCCAUUACUGAAGUGUGAUGUGUACAGAUGGAAUGCUUUGCAUUUUUCAAGGUUUUCUUUUUUUUUUUUUUUUUUUUUUUGUAGCCUACACAGUAAGAAUUUUGUAAUGAUUUUCUAAUCCCUAUUUAUCCCUAUUUACUAGGCCAUAGAGGACUGUUUUUUGUUACUUAGAUACAUCUCCUGUUUCUUAGGCUGUGCAUUGUGAAGAGAUUGUAAAAGGAAAUCAGUGCAGAAUACCUUAGAUAAUAGAAAAACAUGGCAGUUGAAGGUUGAAUAUGGCUUCAUAGGUGAAGGAGUAAUUUGCUGCUCUUAAGACAGUUGGGUAUGUCUGUCUUUGCCCUAACUGAACUUUUUCCAGAUACCAAAAAAGAAAGAGAAAACGUGCAACUUCUUACAUUCCUCUUGAAAUGCUGGCUGACAAUCUGAAAAGACAGUCAGAGCUGUGCUCACCCUAUAUUUUGUCUGGUAAAACAGAGCAAUAAGCCACAGUAUUGUGUUGCUACGCAAGGCUGGUGCGUGUCACUGAUACACACCAAAGGCAUUUUGCCUUAAAACUACAUCAGUAGUGCAGAGAGCACACAAGACUUGAUGUAGCUUAUCCUUUCUCUCUGGAAAAAGUUUAUAGCAGAAAGAUGUGGAAAAAUAGGGAAAAACAUAUGCAGCUUUCUUCUGUUGUUUGGAAUAACGACGUUUUUAAAUUUUCUAGUAUUUUUCUAAUUUUUUAAGGUUCCCUCAACUAACAUCAGGAAUAGUUUGUAGCUUGCUAGCUUGUAUCUUAAUUCUGAUACGUACCUGGGUAUGACAAAAUCACCUGUUGCUUCCACCAGGGCAGCCAGAUUGGAAGAGAAAGGGUUUUGCCUUCCUUGCAACCUUUACCUGCAGCCUCUUCUGUCCCUGUUGUGCUCAGAACUGUUUUGAGCUGAAUGGAGAGUCCAAAACCACCCCCUAAUUCAGUUUUUUUUGCAGAUGCCCCAGUUGGAUUCCCAGCUACUUACUGGACUUUGGCACAAAAGAGGAAGCAGUAAUAUUCUGUGGAAAUGAUUCCCUAGGAGCAUAGUUAAAACUGACUGUAUUUCAGGGAAGUUUGAGACCUUGAGUGCUAAACACAGAUGGAAGAGGGUGUUUUUUCUCCUCACCUAUUAAAAAAAGUGGAAGAAAAAGAUUUCCUUUUGUGUGGAUCAGCUGCGUUGUGCUGCUGGAAGAUGCUGGGUGGCUCUACAUGUCUUUGAUAUGCCAAGCUACUUAAGUGCAAGUGAAAAUACCUUAAUACUUACAUAGACUUGAACUGCAAAGCUGGGGGGUGCUUUGAAGUAGGUCCUUUCUCUCCUACAAAUUUCUUUUUGUGUAUGUAGAGAUUUUUUUUUUUUUUUUUUUUUUUCCCCUCUUAGUGUUGUUCAGGUAAGGAAACAGGUGAGCAGAUGUCUCCAAAGCUGUUAGAUAAUCACAGAAUUUUACCAAGUUGUUUUGGUGCUGGGAGCUGCUUGCAGUGACAGUAAACUGGUAAUAAGGUCAGUGGCAGCUGCAGAAGUAUGUAUGUGGGCAGUCUUGAGUCCUGAACAUCCCUUUACUUUUCCAGUUGCCCUCGGUAUAACUGCUGUUGUUCUACAGGUAUCUAAGUAAAUUAAAGUGAAGUCUGGCAUCCCUGUUAAAGUACACCUAACUUUGCAGAAAAAUCUUGAUUGAAUCUGCACAACAGUUUGCUACAGCCACCAGUAGGCAGAGUAUUUCUGCCCUUCCUACCAUCAUGCAUCCUUUCUUGUAGCACAUUAUUCUCAGGUUUGUGCAGAGAUGAGCCUGAUGGGAGUCUGUGCCACUCCUGCACUGGGGGAGGUCAUUCUUUCACUUUUAUGCUGUCAAAGCAGUGUAAAGGAGUCUGAAAGGGGCAGAAUUUGGCCCUUAACCUUGCCCUCCUGCUUUGGUGAAGUUUUGGGACUGAUUCUUCUCCAAGAGGCGCUAUUGUUUUAAUCUUUGGAAACAGAACAAUCACCAUGAAGUUGGUAGUCUAGUAUUGGCUCAGGCUUGGCAAGGGAAGCCAAGGGAAUCUUUCUUUCCCCCCCACCCCCCCAACUUUCACCACCCAACUGACCAAGUUUCAGUGAAGCCAUUGCUAUUUUCCAUUCCAACUGUAAUAAUAUAAAUACAGUCUGGUUUUAAGCUUUGGAUUUUAAACUUGAGUUGUCACUGUCUAUUUUUUUUUUGUUUGUUUGUUUGUUUUUUAAAGGGAGAAAAGAAGCCAGCUUGGUCGCUUGAAAAGCACAACACACAAGAGAGGAAGGGGUUACAGUAAGAAAUAAGGCCUGACUGAUGUCUCUCCCCAUGAAGUCUGCUUUGUGCUGCAUUAAAAAAAAAAUUAUAUUAACUAUUUAUUCUUAACUUGUAUUAAAAACAAUGCUGUUAGCCUUUGGAGUGGUUUGCCUGAUAAUACAUGCACACAUACAGACUUAUGGGGCCUGACAAUAGAAGCCACAAGCUGGUAGCUGAGGAACCAAAAAAAAUCAGACAUGCAUUAUAAGUAAACUUUUUUCAUUGAGUAGCAAAAAUAGCUGAAUUUCUUUAUUCCAUUUUUUCUACCCUUACUGCAAACUUUGACAGCAGUAGGUUAUAGUGUUUAAUAUCCUUACCCCUAGAUGAAUUAAGUUGCAUUCAAUAUUGCUAUGAUGAUGCUAGAAAAAAAGCUCAUGUAAAAUUUUAUAGCCUGAAAUGGACACUGUCAAGUACUUUUAUAUUUUUAUACAUCCAAUUGUUUGUAAAUAUCCUCUGAUAAGCUUGAAAAUAAAAUUUAUUUCCCUAUCAGA